AGAAAAUUGUAAAUUACACUACUUUUUUUUGUAUUGAAAAGUUAUACGUGAUGCAUCAACGUUUGUAUCUUAUGCAUCAACGGUUGUACCUUAUGCAUCAAAGUUUGCAGUCUCAACCGGACGUCGACAACUAAAAGCAGGUAGAAAUUUGGCGCAAAAUCCGUACGGUUGUGUGUCACACUCGCAUUGGACAGACCAUCUUCAAUGGUGGUGGACAGCUGAACAAGAACACCUUUCUGGAGUCAUCGCCGAAAAUGGCGUGCCACCUCUCUACUAUUGCCACCGGAAAGUCACCGGUAUUGCUCCUUUCACCGCAUUCUCCCCCAAUCGCCAGGAAAUUGCCAGCAAAUACAAGGUUCAAAUGUUGUAUCAAAUCACCAGUAACAAUAUCAAUCAAGGAUGCAACUACACAUCUCGUAUCAGCACUUGCUUCUUCCUUACUACUUCUAUCCUCAACAAAUCAGGUUUUGGCUACAGAACUUUCACAUAAUAAUUUAUGUCAGAUUUCAAGUACCACUAGCAACAUGCCAACUCUUCCUCUUGAUGAGGGUUCAAAUCUUAUGAUGAUGAGAGGCAUGACAGCAAGAAACUUUGAUCCUGUACGAUACUCGGGAAGAUGGUAUGAAGUUGCUUCACUUAAACGUGGAUUCGCUGGACAAGGUCAAGAAGAUUGCCACUGCACCCAGGGGGUAUAUACGAUUGAUAUGGCAACACCAGCGAUCCAGGUGGACACAUUCUGUGUGCAUGGAGGGCCUGAUGGGUAUAUCACUGGUAUACGGGGUAGGGUUCAGUGUGUUUCAGAUGAAGAUUUUGAGAAAACACAAACAGACCUAGAAAAACAAGAAAUGAUUAAAGAAAAGUGUUACCUCCGGUUUCCCACGUUGCCCUUUAUUCCUAAAGAACCUUAUGAUGUCAUCGAUACAGAUUAUGACAAUUUCGCCCUUGUUUCUGGUGCAAAAGACAAGAGCUUUAUUCAGAUAUACUCAAGGACACCAAAUCCUGGGGAAAAAUUUAUAGAAAAAUACAAGCUUGUGUUGGCGGAUUUUGGGUAUGAUGCAAGCAAAAUUAAGGAUACGCCACAGGAUUGUGAGGUGUCGGAUAGCAAAUUAGCUGCAAUGAUGUCCAUGAAUGGAAUGCAACAAGCUUUAACCAAUCAGUUUCCUGAUCUUGAACUUAAGUCUUCUGUUGAGUUUAAUCCUUUCACAAGUGUAUUUGAUACCUUCAAGAAGCUUGUUCCCCUGUAUUUUAAGUGAUCAAGGGUCUUUUUGGUAUUUCAUUGUGUGGAACUGCUAAAUACACUAGCUUGUGUAUACAACCAUACAAAUUUCGUUCAUGUGCUCUCUUGAAAGUUAUGGAUUCAUUGAAGAGAAUGGACUUGGAUUUUGAUUUUGUUUUAUUUUUAGUUUGAUUUUUGGGUAUAAUAUUUUUGGGUUCCCAUUGAAGAAGAUGAAGGAAAUGAACAUAGGGGCAAAAUAGUCAUUUUACUUAAACUUGAUGGAGCCUCUUCUAAGCCAAGGGUCAUAAGUACAAUGAAAGUGAUGCACUAUAGGGACCAUCCAUGCAAAAAGUAAAACAUCUUGACUGAAUUCCUAACUUUUAAAAAAAGCCAAGCCACAUGGAUGAAAUUUGUAAUUUAGUCAAAUUUUAACCUUUUUCUUCCUAAUUCACAGUUUGUAGAUUUCAAUGGGUUAAAAGUUCAUUAACAA